AUGACAAGCUACAACCUGACGCGCUUCGUCCAGGAGCUCCUCUCCAAGACCGACGCCGCCCCGCCCUCCUUCACCGUCCACCUCUACACCGAGCACUGGACUCUCAAUAACGGCUCCAAGUUCCUCUACAACAACCAGGUCGCGUCUCUGCUGGACGACAUCCGCCAGCAGCGCAUCCCCCCAGACUUCCUCGAGCUCUUUGAGGCCUCGCGCGUGCCGUUCUACGAAGGCUGCCUCAUCGUAGAGCUCCUCGACUACCGCCCGCGAUCGAAGAACGCAAAGGUUGACAAGCCCGAGCGUAGCCGCGUCGUACUGCACCCGACGCCCGAGUCCCUCUGGGCGGACAUAUGCUUACUCAACCAGAAGGCGGAUAACAAGUGGACGGACGAGGAUGCAUUGCACGCCGAGGCUAGUCUGCUGCUUGCCACCGCCCCGCCAAUUUGCCUCGACCCCGACCCCCGCCUCGUCCGCGCCGUGAACGGCAUAAUCAGAGUAUCCACGCCCCCCGUUCCGCAGUCCCUCAAACGCAAAGCGGUCGUGCUCGAGCCCGAGGAGGACGAGAUUGAGGUGGCGCGCCGUGCCCGGCUCAUGCAGUACAUGAACCCGAGGAUUCACCGCCCGUCGAUGACGCCAAACUACCGGAUAUUGGAAGCCGCCAAGGCUGUGAAGGCGCGCAAGGAGCUCAUGGCCGCCGAGGCCGCCAGAGCGAGCGCAGCGACGACGCCCGCACCCGCUCCGGCGCCGGCGCAGACACCAGCUGCUACGCGUCCGCCGUCGGUACAGGCGGCUCCGGCUGCAGCGCCUAUGCCCGUUCCGGAUAUGAUGGCGCGUCCCCCGAUUGCCGUUGCGCACGCGAGGAUGCAGCCGACCCCGCAGAUGAGAGGCACGCCGCAGAUGAGAGCGGCGAGUAUCCCGUCGCCGUCUGCGCAUUCGAACGGGACGUCGGUUACGCCUACGCCGGUGCCGACGAAUGGACCUAUUGCCCAUCCACAGCACCCGCAACAUCCCCAGCAUUCUCAUCAUCCUCAACAUCCUCAGCAUCCUCAGCAUCUUCAACAUCCUCAACUUUCCCAGCAUUCUCAACUUCCCCAACAUCCACAGCACCCUCAGCACCCUCAGCAUUCUCAACAUCUCCUGCACCCGCACGCUCCACAACCCCGAGCUUCUCCCAUGCCACCCGCACAAUCGCCCAUGCCCCGACCCGUCUACAUCGCGGGACAGCACGCGGGCGAGCCAUCGCAACAGCGCAAUCCCACCCCCAUCCAACGCCCGCCGACCACACACCAGUCCCCGCGGCCCCCGUCCUCCCAGCAGCAAUCCCACCCGCAACCACAACCGCAGCUGCAACCACAACCGCAACCAACCCCCGCGCAGUACCAACAGUUCGCGCAAGCGCUGCAUGCCCAACAGCAACAACACCAGGGGUUCCAGGCGCAAAUGCCUCAUCCACAACUCCUCGCGCAGCGGGGCAAGCCCGUCCCCGUUCCUCGCCCGCAGGGGACGCCCGCGCUGCUCACGCAGCCGUUGGCCCAGCAGCAGCAACAGCAACAGCAAGGACACACGAACCAGGAGCAGCUGAACAAUGUGUUCCAGCAUAUGCAGCGGAUGCAGAUGGAACGGCGGAUCAUGGCGCAGCAGGUGCAGCAGAUGCAGGGCCACCACCCGAACGCGGCCCAGAACCCCCAAAACCUGAAUGCGACGCAGAACCACCAGAACCCGAAUGCGAAUGGGCGGGUGACGCCCCAGGCGCAGACGCAGGCGGGGCGCAGCCCGAUGGUGGCAGCUGCGCAAGCUCAAGUUCAGGCGCAGGGGCAGGACCCGCGCAACAGUCCGGCGGUCGCGAACAGGCACCUGUCCGCGUCGCGCUCGCCGAUGCCGCAGCCUGCGCAGGCGCAGCCCCAGGGCGCGUACAACGGGUACAACGUCCACGCGAUGUCGCAGUACCCGCACCACAUGGUGAACGGCGGGCAGCAGCAGGGCGCGCCGAAUCUCAAUCCCCAGCAGCAGGGACAGCAGGGACAGCAGACAGGGCAGCCGAUGAUGCAUUACCCGCCGCAGAUGUACUUUCCGCGGAUGCCGCCUGGGUACUGGCCGAUGCAGAUGCCGAUGGGACGCCCGGUGGUGAACGGGGGGCAGCAGCAGAUGGCGGGGGCGGCGGGGAUGGCGGUGAAUGGCGCGCAGAAGCCGGUGCCGGGGGGGUUGCAGGGACGGACGUGAUUUGUGGGUGUAUUGUAUUCAUGUAUUGUACUACUCUUCUACUGGUGCCGUUGGAAGGACUUGUAUUUUUGUGCAUUUGGGUAGAUCUAUCUACAUACGUACGCUGGAGCUUACCUAAUCGCUGCUGUGCGCCGGGGAUAUCCAGAGGAAAAGGAACUCGGGAAGGGACCAACUGUUGACGACUGGAUCAGAUGCAUCUGACCUG